GAUCGAUGACUUACAUUUCGGGCCAAAAUUGGAGACAAAUCCGAGAAUAGGAGGCCGAAACAAGCAGGAAUUUGGAGACCAACAUGAGCUUUUCAAAUCUGGUCCCCGUUAUGGGAAACCCAAAAUUUUGUCCGAAUUCAAUUCCUGGCAAUAAUGAUCACAUCCUUCGGACGAACCUCAUCUCAAUGCUUCAGAAGAGUAAAGACAUGAAUCAUGCCCGAUCAAUUCAUGCCAAAAUCAUAAGGAAAGGAGUCGAGCAAGAUCCUUUCCUCCUAUUCGAACUUACUCGAUUUUACUGUAAAAUCAGUUCCAUUGGUUAUGCUACCAAGGUCUUUCACCGCACUGAAAACCCCAAUGUGUACCUCUACACUGCUCUUAUUGAUGGUUUGGUUUCCCUUGGAUUUCACAGCGAUGCUCUUAACUUGUAUACUCAAAUGGUCAACCAGUUGAUUUUGCCUGAUGAGUAUGCGAUCACUUCAGUCUUGAAAGCUUGUGCUCUUUUACUUGCUCUUGGCUAUGGCAAAGGAGUUCAUUGUCAGGUUCUGAAAUCCGGGUUGAGUUUAAACCGAUCAAUAGCAUUGAAGCUUAUGGAACUAUAUGGGAAGUGUGGUAGAUUGGAGGAUGCUCGGAAGUUGUUCGAUAAAAUGUCUGAGUGUGAUGUUGUUGCAUGCACAGUUAUGACAACUUGCUAUUUUGAUCAUGGGCUAACUCAAGAGGCGAUGGCUUUAUUUAGUAAACUAGAAUCAAGUGACACGGUCUAUUGGACGGCAGUGAUAGGUGGGUUGGUAAAGAAUGGGGAGUUCAAUAGGGGUUUGGAGAUAUUCAGAGAGAUGCUAGCAAAGAAUGUGAAGCCUAAUGAAGUCACCAUUGUUUGUGUUUUAUCUGCUUGUAUGCAGUUGAGUGCUUUGGAGCUAGGUCGAUGGGUACACAUGUACAUGAGCAAGUGCAAUAUCAAGAUGAAUCAAUUCAUUGGUGGUGCCUUAAUCAAUAUGUAUUCAAGGUUUGGUGAUAUUGAUGCAGCGCAGUUAUUGUUCAGAGAACUGAACGUGAGAGAUCUGACCACUUACAAUUCGAUGAUUGUGGGGUUAGCUAUGCAUGGAAAGAGCAUUGAGGCAAUCGAAUUGUUUAGGGAGAUGAUAAAGCGAGGUCUUAAACCAAAUAGCAUAACCUUUGUUGGAGUCUUGAAUGCUUGCAGCCAUGGAGGUUUGGUGGAGCUGGGUUAUGAGAUAUUUCAAUCAAUGGAAACAGAACAUGGGAUUGAGCCACAAUUACAACACUACGGUUGCAUAGUUGACUUGCUUGCUAGAGUAGGUAGGCUCGAAGAAGCUUAUGAUUUCAUUGGCAAAAUGGGAGUGCAUCCUGAUAGUAGAAUGCUCUGUUCUUUGUUAAGUGCAUGUAAAAUCCAUAGAAAUGCCGAGAUUGGAGAUCGUGUUGCUAAACUAUUGAGUGAGUGCAAUUUUAUUGAGUCUGGAUCCUACAUAAUGCUGUCAAAUUUCUAUGCUUCAUCAGGAAGAUGGAAUCAUGCUGCAAAAGUGAGAAAGAAAAUGGAGAAGGAAGGAGUUUUGAAGGAACCAGGUUGUAGUUCCAUUGAAGUCAAUAGUAUUAUUCAUGAAUUCUUCUCAGGAGACCUAAGACACCCUCAAAGGAAAAGAAUCUAUGAAAAGUUAGAGGAGUUGAACUAUUUGACAAGGUUGGAAGGCUAUGUACCUGCAACAGAAUUGGCUUUACAUGAUGUUGAUGAUGAUAAGCAAAAAGAGUGGGCUUUGGCUGUGCAUAGUGAGAAGCUUGCAAUAUGUUAUGGACUAAUUUCAACUGAGCCAGGCACGACAUUAAGAGUCAUGAAAAAUAUAAGGAUUUGCAAUGAUUGCCAUUCAAUGAUCAAGCUCAUAGCGAAAAUUACGAGCAGGAAAAUUGUGGUUAGAGAUCGCAAUAGAUUCCACCAUUUUGAAAAAGGGGUUUGUUCUUGUAAGGAUUAUUGGUGAGAAGGAAGGAAACAAAAAAUGACACUUCAGUAUUCGGAUACAAUUCAAGCAACCUUGGAACAUAGAGGAUCAUUUUGGUGGCAUUUUUAUCAAAAUGCUAAACAUAGUAAAAUAAUUUACCACCAAGAUGCUAUACUGCAGAAACUAUUUCUCAAAUACUAUAUUGAAACUCGUUCACCGGAUAAACGACUUUGAAUUUUUGAGAAA